AUGGCCUCCCAGGACUUUGUGCGGUCUCUCGGUGUCCAGAAGAGGCUGCGGAAGCACAGGGGCUGUGUGAAUACCAUCAGCUUUAACGAGGAUGGGAGCUUGCUCCUGUCCGGUUCGGACGAUCGGGCCGCUGUACUGUGGAAUUGGCAAGAGGGGACGCCUACCUUCGCGUUCCACACUGGCCACAGCGACAAUGUGUUCCAUGCUCUGUUCAUGCCCUUCUCAGGUGACCGGAGCAUCAUCACAUGCGCUGCUGAUGGACAGGUGAGGCAUUCGCAAAUACAAGAAGGUGGUCGUGUAAUUACAAAUGAGCUAGUUGAUACAGAGGUAGCAGUGCACAAACUAGCUAUUGAGCCUGGAAAUCCUCACACAUUCUUUAGCUGCGGAGAUAAUGGCUCCGUUUUUCUUUUUGACCUAAGGGAGAAAUAUGUUGCUGAACUCUUUAAAUGCGCAGAAGUUGAUCAUUUUGGUGGUGAUACCAUUGAACUCUAUGCUAUUGCCAUAGACCCGAGAAAGCCUAUUUUGGUCGGCCAAUUGAAUACUUUUGCCCUCCACAUAUGA